UGCCAAGAAUAAGCAGAUGAGAUGGGCGGACGAACCCCAAUGUCCCUGCAAGAUUCAGGAAGUCCCAGCCAGAAAGUAAAGGACGUUUAGUUCCACCUAUUGUUUUCUUUUUAACAUGCGGGGCAACACACCUGGACAGUGUCUUGCAAGAUGGCUUGCUCCAAGCCACACGGCCGCACAGGGACAGGGACUGGGCUACAUAACAAGUUCUUCGACGCUAUGAUCUAAUCAAGGAAAACCUGGGACGCAGCUACUAGGUGCACAUCGAGUGUAUCGACGCUCUACUUACGAGGACUGGAAGAGUGAGCAGGAUCAGUCCAUUGCUUUUGCCUACCUGCUGAGCGCUGAUUGGUCCCCGUUUAGGAAACGGAAAAAAAGGGCGUGCACGCGAGCGCGGCUGCGUGAGAGGCGCCCGGCGGCACGGGAAGCAGUCUCCUUCCACAAGACCAUGGCGUCGCUCAAAUGUAGCACCGUCGUCUGCGUGAUCUGCUUGGAGAAGCCUAAAUACCGCUGUCCAGCCUGCCGCGUGCCCUACUGCUCGGUAGCCUGCUUCCAGAAGCACAAAGAACAAUGCAACCCUGAAACUCGUCCUGUUGAGAAAAAAAUAAGAUCAGCUCUUCCUACCAAAACCAUAAAGCCUGUGGAAAACAAAGAUGAUGAUGACGACUCUAUAGCUGAUUUUCUCAAUAGUGAUGAGGAAGAAGACAGAGUUUCUUUGCAGAAUUUAAAGAAUUUAGGGGAAUCUGCAACAUUAAGAAGCUUAUUGCUCAAUCCACACCUCAGGCAGUUGAUGGUCAACCUCGAUCAGGGGGAAGACAAAGCAAAGCUCAUGAGAGCUUACAUGCAAGAACCCUUGUUUGUGGAGUUUGCAGACUGCUGUUUAGGAAUUGUGGAGCCAUCCCAGAAUGAGGAUUCUUAAGAUGGAUUAUUAUGCUGCUUGCUCAAGCGUGUGCUUGACUCCCAGAGCCUGCCUGCUCCCUCUCCCAGGAGACCAGCUAGUGGGGAUGGGGGGGCGGGGGGCACUCAGGCAAAAGAGGUUUCCAGGAUGCAGACUAGGUUAUGCAGGCCUUUACCGGCAUUGAUGUGGCUCAUGUUUCAGGCAGACAUGGGGUCCUUAAGGUGGCAAGUCCUUUAUGGAGAGAAAACUUGACAUUCAGAUGGUUGUUUUUAAAUGUCUUACUUUUGGUACAGUUGAUAGACAUCAUAAAUGAUAUCAAGCUUUACACUUCAUAUGGAGUUAAACUUGGUCAGUGUUAAUAAAAUCAAAAGAUGUGAUUCUACUGUACAUUGCAUUAUUCAUACUUUAAUUGUUUGAAAUUACAUUAAAUAAAUCAACUAAUUAAAUA